AUGAAGGACUAUUACUAUGUUUACAAUAGUAAGCUGUUCCCUUUCAGUCCCAAUGUUCCUCGACACAACGGCGAUCAACCUGCCUACCUGCGCAGCGAAACUUUACGCUAUCUUAAGGAAGAAGAAGGAAAUAGACCAAGAGGUAACCUUUCCGAUCACCCGAAUCCGAACGGACUGCCUGUCUGCUACAUCUGCAGCAGACCCAUACUGUAAGU